GUGGCCGCGGCCGCAGGACGGGCACGGGCGCGGCGCGGCUCCGGAUCCCCACUCCCCCAGAAUCGCGCACCGUCCGGCCGGGGGUCGCGGCGUGACGUCAGCACGGUGACGUAACACCAGCCCCCCGCUUCCCCGGCUCGGGGGGGCGGCGGCGGCGGCGAAACCCCCCCAAAACCCCCAACCCCCCCCCGAGACCCCGCCCCAACAUGGCGGCGGCGCCGGGGGGCGGGGCCUCGCCGGGGGGCGGGGGCGGAGCCGCGCUGGAGGAUGAGUGCGAGGUUGUGCGCGUGCGCGUCAAGAAGAACGAGGGGCAGCAGCCGCCCGAGUUCCGCUCGUUCGCCGUGGACCCGCAGAUCACGUCGCUGGACGUGCUGCAGCACAUCCUGGCCCGGGCCUUUGACCUGCAGGGGAAGAAAAGCUUCGUUCUGAGCUUCGCAGCGCAGAACGGGCAGGGCCAGGACACCUUUGUGCCUCUGCUGAGCGAUGGUGACCUGGCCAACGCCUUCACCUACGCCCGGCCCACCCUGAGGCUGCGCCUGGACGUCAGGAACCCCCCUGACAGCCCGCUGCUGGAGGACUGGGACAUCAUCAGCCCGCGGGAGGUGGCGGCGGUCGAGCCGGUCCCCGAGCGCCGCUCGCUGCUGGCGGCGGCCCUGCCCUUCACCCAGGCGCUGCUGGCGCAGGUGGGCCGGACGCUGGCGCGGGCACAGGCGGCCCUGGCGUGGCCCGAGGGGACCCCGGCCGUGUCCCCGCCCCCUCCCCCACCCCCACCCUGCGCCCCCCUGAGCGAUGCUGACCUGAGGUCGUACCUGGGCCCAGGUGGGCGCCUGCUGCGGCCCCAGGACCUGCGGCUGCACGUCUUCCACGGCGGCGUCGAGCCCGGCUUGCGCAAGGUGGUCUGGCGUUACCUGCUGAACGUGUUCCCCGCCGGCCUGACGGGCCAGGAGCGCCUGUCCCACCUGCGCCUCAAGGCGGCCGAGUACUCCUCCCUGAAGGUGGCCCUGGCGGCCCGCGCCGCGCCGGCCGAGCUGGCCCAGGUGGCCGCGGCGGUGCGCAAGGACGUGGUGCGCACGGACCGCGCCCACCCGUACUUCGGCGGCCCCGAGGAGGGCCACCCUCACCUGGCGGCGCUGCAGGCGCUGCUGACCACCUUCGCGCUGGGCCACCCGCGCCUGUCCUACUGCCAGGGCAUGUCGGACGUGGCGGCGCCGCUGCUGGCCGUGCUGGACGACGAGGCCCAGGCCUUCCUGUGCUUCUGCUCGCUGAUGCGCCGCCUGGCGCCGCGCUUCCGCCCCGGCGGCCGCGGGCUGGCCCGAGCCUUCGGCCACCUGCGGCGGCUGCUGCGGCGCGCCGACCCCCCGUUCUGGGCCUUCCUGGCGGCGCGCGGCGCGCACGACCUGCUCUUCUGCUACCGCUGGCUGCUGCUGGAGCUGAAGCGCGAGUUCGCCUUCGAGGACGCGCUCAAGGUGCUGGAGAUCACCUGGAGCUCGCUGCCCCCCGCGCCGCCCCCGCCCCCCGAGGGGGUCCCGCUGCUCGGAGCCCCCCUGGGAGCCCGCAGGGCCGGCCGGGGGCUGAGGGAGCGCCGGGGGCUGCGGCCGCGGCCGCCCAGGAGGAGGAGGAGGAGGAGGAAGAACGUGGAGGAGGAGGAACGUGGAGGAGAAGGUGCUGGAGGGGCCACGGAGGGUUCUGGUGGUGGCUUUGGGGGUCUCAAGGGUUCCAGUGAUGGCCCUGAGCGUCCCAAGAGCUCCAGCGAUGACCCAGGUGGUCCCACGAGCUCCAGUGGUAGCCCUGGGGGUCUCAAGACUUCCAGUGAUGGCCCUGAGGGUCCCAAGAGCUCCGGAGAUGUCCCCCACAGUCCCAAGAUCUCCAGCGAGCUCUUUGAGAGACCCAAGAGCUUCAGCGAUGUGCUAGAAGGUUCCAGGGGCAUCCAGGAGGGUCCCAAGAGCUCCAGUGAUGUCCCCGACUGUCUCAGGGACAGCCAGAAGGGUCCCAAGAGCUUUAAGAACGUUCAGGAAGGUCUUGAGAGCUCCAGCGAUGUCCCCAAAGGUCACAAGAGCUCCAGGAAGGUCCAGGGGAGACCCCCCAGGGAUGCUGGGGGAGCCCCCGAGGGCUCCAAGCACUCGGAGCCGGGUGGCCCCAGGAAGGUGGAGGAAGGCACCGACGCCCUGGAGAUGGACCAGAGACCCCACAGCCUCUGCUGGGGGGCUGGAGAAGACCCCAAAAAAGGACGGGAUGACCCCAGAGAGGGACACGAUCCAAGACAAGGACGAGAUGACCGCAGAAAAGGACGAGGUGGCCCCAGAGAGGGAUUUGACGACCCCAAAGAGGGACUCGAUGACCCGAGAGGAGGACGAGAUGACCCUGGGACGAAUCGUGGUGACCCCAGAGAGGUUGAUGAUGAUCUCAGAGAAGGACACAACUUUGGAGAAGGCCACAACCCCCCCAAGGAUGCCCACCGUGACCCCAGGGAUGGCCACCAUGGCCUCAAGGAUGGCCGUGAUGACCCCAAGGAAGGAUGCGAUGACCCCAGACACGGCCACGAUGACCUCAAGCACGGCCACAACGGCCCCAAGGAAGCACGUGACGACACCAAGCACGGCCACGAUGACCUCAAGGAUGAGCACCAUGACGCCAAGACCACCCACAACAACCCAACCACCCCCGAAGACCCUUGGGGCGGCCGUUGGGCUUGGGAAGACCCUUCCUCUUCCUCCUCCUCCUCCUCCUCGUGCUCCUCGGGCUCCUCCUCCUCGGACGAGGAGGUGACGGUGGAGGACGACGGGGCGCCGCUGCCACCGCCAGAAGAGCUGGGCCAGGGGAACCCGUUCCUGCUCUUCGUGUGCCUGGCCAUGCUGCUGGAGCAGCGCGAGGCCGUCAUGGCGCGGGCCGGCGACUACAACGAGGUGGCCAUGCACUUCGACCGCCUGGUGCGCCGCCACCACCUGCCGCGCGUCCUGCGCCGCGCCAAGGGGCUCUUCGCCAGGUACCUGGAGGGGUGGGGGGCCGCCGCGCCGGGGGGACCCCAAACGGGAUCUCCUUCGGGCUAGGGGAUGCCCUCAGGAGCCCCGUCGGGGUAGGGGAUGUGGGGGGAGAGAGGGUGGGGACAUCAAGGCCACCAUAGGGAGGUCUGUAGGACAAGGUGGUGACCCCAUAGAACAUCUCAGGGUGGUCCUGAGGUCAUCAUGAGAGGCUCCAAAGUCACCAGAGGUCUGUAGGACAAGGUGGUGACCCCAUAGAACAUCUCUAGGAGGUGCUGAGGUCACUGUUGGCAGCCUUGGACACUGUUGGAAUCCAUAGGACAAUGUGGAGAACCCAUAAAACAUCUCCCUGAGGUCAUCGUUGGGACCUCCUGGUCACACUGUGGGUCUGUAGGUCAAGGUGGUGACCCCAUGGAACAUCUCAGGGUGGUCCUGAGGUCAUCAUGAGAGGCUCCAAAGUCACUGGAGGUCUGUAGGACAAGGUGGUGACUCCAUAAAACGUGUCAAAGAGGUCCUGAGGUCAUCAUGAAGGGCUCCAAAGUCACUGGAGAUCUUAGGACAAGGUGGUGACCCCAUGGAACAUCUCAAGGAGGUCCUGAGGUCAUCAUGAGGAGUUCCAAAGUCACUGGAGGUCUGUAGGACAAUGUGGUGACCCCAUAGAACAUCUCCAGGGACCCCAUGAUCACUGUGGACGUCUGCAGGACAAUGUGGGGACACUGUAAAAUGUCCCCUUAAGGCCACUGUGGGGACUCCGAGGUCACUGGAGGUUUGUAGGACAACGUGGUGAGCCCAUAGAGGAUCUUUAAGAGGUCUUGGGGUCACUGUGGGGACUCUGGUCGCUGUCAGGGUCUGUAGGACAAUGUGGGGACCCCAUAAAACAUCUCCAGGGACCCCAAACCCGUCAUGGGGACUGCCGAGUUGAGGGUGAGAACCUGUAGGACGCUGUGGGGACGCCAUAAAACAUCUCCAGGAGGUCCUGAGGUCACCCUGGGGACAUUGGGUCACUGUCAGGGUUUGUAGAACGACGUGGAGACACCAUAAAACGUCACCCUGAGGUCACCGUGGGUGUCUGUAGGACACUCUGGGGACCCCACAGACCCCACAUGGGGACAGGUGGGUCCUUUUGGGGACCCCAAGGUCACCUCAGGGACUCCCAAGGCCACCUCGGGGACCCCAAGGCCACCACAGGUGCCCAAGGUCACUAUGGAGACCCCAAGGCCACCUCAGGGACUCCCAAGGCCACCACAGGGUCCCCAGGGCCACCCUGGGGUCAGCAGGGACCCCCAGACCUCCCCAUGACCCCCCCCGUGGCACCAGAGACCCCUCCCAGUAUGAACCAGUACAGCCCAGUGCCUCCCUGCUGGGUUCUGCACCACCAUGGGACAUCCCAGUAUAAACCAGUAUGAACCAGUAUGAACCACUGCAACAUCCCGGCUGGGAACUCCUGCAUCUGCCUUGCCUUGGGCCGGACCAGUAUGGACCAGUAUGAACCAGUAUGGAGCAGGAAAUGGCUGGGAGCCCAACUGGGAGCCCCACGUGCAUCGCCUUGUGCCGGACCAGUACAGACCAGUAUGGACCAGUACGGACCAGUGCCUUGCCAUGGCCUUCAGCCAUCCCAGCACGCACCAGUAUGGACCAGUAUGGACCAGUCCGGCAGCCAAACUGGGAGCUCUUCACCGGCGUGGCCUUGCGUCCUCCCAGCAUGGACCAGUAUGGACCAGUAUGGACCAGUAUGGACCAGUACAAACCAGUCCAGAGCUCUCUUCACCCCCGUGGCCUUGCGUGCUCCCAGUACGGACCAGUACAGACCAGUAUGGACCGGUAGGGUGCCCCCACUGCUGUGUUGAUGCCCAUAGGCCUUCUCCCAGUAUGGACCAGUACAAACCAGUUCCUGCCCCCCACCCUGGGUGCCUUUUCCCCUCCCCCCCCUUAUUUAUUGCCCCUCCCCCCCCAAUUGGGGGGAGGUCCCGGGGGGUCCCAGAGGUGCCGGAAUCGCCAAUAAACGAUGCCUGUUA